AUGGAAUCACCACCGGGCAUCGCCGCCCUGUUCGUCAUUACAUUCGAUAUCAGGACCGGAUAUGUGGUUUCAUGGAAACGAACUGCACCAGGAGUUGACAUCGAAGGGGUGGUGGAAUACAAAUCACUUCCCUCGGGAUUACACAAUGUGAGAGAGGACCUGGUGUACUUCGUCGACGGGCAGUAUGCAGGCAUCAGCGCGUUCGUGAACCUCCCCGCCGCCGAAGAAGAGCGCAAUGCUCGAAUGUUCGCGAUCGGAGUCUUAGUUCCUCUAAGCUCUGGAAGACUCGGAAAAAGUUGGAGACAUGCUCCGAAGCUAAAGGAGCUGACACUUAAAUACGCCGCGGACAGGAACGAUCUACAAACACUUUCCGAUUACUGGGACGCAUUUAAGAUUGGAGGCACUGAGUCCUCAGCGAACGAGUCUCCUGUCGAGUCACCUUUGAGCCUUCGAUUCCGACCGGGCGAUAGGCCACCAGCGAGCAGUCGCAAUCGAACAUUCAGCGACGCAAUGGUGUUAGAGACGUUUAGGCCGGCCUUGACGCCCUUUCACCCUGCUUCAUCACUUCCGGACUUUCUCGACUGCUUCGGUCCUCUCAUAUUCCCCCUGUACAGGGCAGCUCUGUUAAGGAAGCGUAUUCUCUUCAUGACUGAAGCACCAGUACAUACGCCAUGCAACUAUGUGUAUGACCUCUCGCUACUCGCAUCUCUACCAAAUUCCCUUCUCCAAACAUUACCAACAGAUCGCACCCCGCCCCUACGACCCCGCCCACUAUUCAACAUCGGCAUUCACGACAUCCCCUUCCUCUCUACAUUCGACCCCUCGCGAACAAACUUCGACACAGAGACAGACCCAAGCUGGAUCGCAUGCUCAACAGACAGCGUCCUAACCAUGAAACCCGAUCUCUACGAUGCCCUCGUCACUCUCCCCCCUACAUACUCCCAACAAGCCUCCGAACGAGUAUUCCCAACAAUAAACCUAGUAGACCACUCAAGCACAAAGCACAACUCGAACCAAAGAGUCCAACUCAAAGCAACUCAACGCGACGCACGUCGUUACGCAAUGCUCCGAAAAGGUCUCCGCCAAUUCACAUCCACCCAAGAAAGAACAUCAGAUACAGACGACUCCGACACCGAAUCAACAUACUCCGCAAGUUCGAUUGUUGAAACAGUCUCUUGGACAAGAUUAGCAUAUACAUCAUUUAUAUGGUGGGCGUCUGCAGGUGAAAACCGCGACGGACUCUCACAAGAAGAAGAGGAACAACAAAUAGAACAAGACGCCCGACUUCUGGCAAGCGUGGAAAGUCUCGCUUAUUCUGCUCCUGCUCCUGCUUCUCUUCCUAAUUCUACUACUCGGAGGGGCCCGAAUCAUAUCGAUGGCUCGGCACAGGAACCCCCCGAAGUUGCACUGGUAGCUUACUUCCGUCGUCUUACUACUCAGAUCUUUUAUACGCUUGCUGGUGCCAUUGCGAGACAUGAUAAUGAUGGUGAAAUGGAGUAUAAUGAGGUCCCUUAUCUUGAUGAUACUGCCGAGGAGGAGAUGGAUAUGUCUCUUUCUAAUUCGAGACAGUCUAUUACCGGUGAUGAUGGAGAGACACCUUUAUUGCGGCAACGGUCGAGGGGUGGUUCAUCUCGAAGGCAUUCUGGAUCAGAGUCAAAUGGUCAUGAUCAUGAUCAUGAUGGUGAAGAUCCGAUUACAAUUACUGUUGCUGAUAUGGCUGAGAUGGGUCUUGAUGUGUGGAGCGCUACUGAUAGGAUUUUUGUCGAGGAGCUUGUCUCGCUUUGGUGGGGACGCUCGGCGUAUGUUGAUAGCGCUCGCAUACGGUGCUGCGGUAUCUCCAUAUUGUAG